AUGGCGGACAACGCACAGGCGCAGAAUAGCGCUUCUGCUGCUUCUUCUGCCGAAGCUUACCUCUCGAGACCAGCUACAGCCGCGAAUACGUCUGCAGCUUUCAUUGCCCCGACCUCGAAGAGCAACAGCAAACACGAGACUCGACUCUACGUCGGUAACCUGCACACGACCGUAGACGAAUACACUCUGAUCCAGACGUUCAGCAAGUUUGGCAAGAUCUCGAAGCUGGACUUUCUCUUUCACAAGAGCGGACCGCAGCGAGGGCAACCACGCGGAUACGCCUUCGUCGAGUAUGCAUCUCCGCAGGAAGCAAUGCAAGCCGUGGUUGGAGCGCACGACAAGACGCUGAGAGGCAGGAGGAUAUCGGUCACCUUUGCGAGUAAGAGCACGGAAGGUACUGGGGAUGCUGGCGGAGUGGGUCCACAUCGACGCGAUCGCAGAGCAGGUGAGACGGAGGCGGUAAAGACGACACAGCUAAGCUUGGCGAAGAACGCGAAACAGCCGCAGGGUACGAACGCCAAGAUCGCUGCCAUGGAGGCCAAGCUGGCCAAGUUGCGGCAGGUCAAGACGCCUCCGGCUUCCGCUUCAUCGUCAGCUCCGACUCAAGCACGCUCUGGCCUCGCAUCGCUGCCCGCGAAACCAACAUUCAGGUCGCCGGACACUCCACAGAGACCGGCAACACAGGCGCGGCAACAUCAACGCUAA